GCUCACACCAGUUACACCACACGCUUAGACUGCAAGUUACACGACAGCGGAUCAUCGUUUUUACACAUUUAAAAACGUUCGGGAAACUAUUGAUCUGAACCCGUCUUCGCUAACUUAUUUAUCGUACAAACUGGAGGAUGAAUUUUGAGGAAAACGUGAUCAGUAAAUCCGGUAAACGGGAUUUUCCACCUGACUUCCAAUUAUCAGAACAAACGUCAUCCAGAUUCAUCGACAGAUUUAUCCGUUUGAAAACUACAUAUUGGAACAGAGGAUACGCAGUAGUUUUGCUUGGACUUAUAGGAUUAUUUAUCACGGCGCUUCAAUUGAGCAUAUUUUAUAAUUUUAUUUGGUUUUUGGCACUAAAAAAUCAAGUUGAAUUUUCCCAUUAUGAUUGCUUGUCUUACGCUACGUAUGGAUAUUAUAUUGGUGUAAUACUAGGUGGUUUAUUAGUCACUGUUUAUCCGGCUCACAAUAUUUUAGGAAUUUUCGUCACCAUAUCAUCGAUUAACCAGUUAAUUUUAGUCAUGAGUAUAAGUUACUUAAACACUCACACACAAUGUUUCGUACAAUUAUUACGAGGAGCGACAAUGGGCGUGGUGGAUACGUCGUUUAACAGGGUUUGGACCUAUUGGGUUCCACUGAAUAAACAGUCAAUCCGUCACGUUCCAGUGGUAUUGUCCAUGCUGUUAUAUGAUGGAUACUAUCUCCAUGAUACUGUUGAUAAACUCCACGAUACAAAUUCAUCUUAUACGUUAACUCUAUUUAUUGGCGCGAUUGGAUUGGCGUGGUACGUUUUGUGGUUGUACGCGAUCAAUGGAAAUUAUUCAUUUUGGAGCCUGAACUGCGAUUUUAUUUUGUUUGGAGAUUCGAACAACCCACGAUAUUAUUCCGGAAAAUCUGGCGUUUCAUUAAUCAGAUCAAUAGUAUCGGGCAUUCCAUGGAAAUCGAUUUGCACUUCUAAGCCAAUCCUUGUGGUUGUCUUACUAUACGUGUGUAAUGCUCGACUUAGUGAAAUAAAUGACGACGAUUUAUACAAUAAUGACGACGCAUUGACUAUGAGAAAUUACACCAUCAUAUUAUUGCUACUCUUUGUCUUUCUGGUCGAAUUAGUUCCAGAAAUCACCGUAUCCUUUUCCACCUCUAACGUCAGAAAGUUUUGGAGUUGCUCAUAUUUCGGUGUAAUGGGCAUAUUUCUUAUUCUGGAAGCCAUUUUAGGCAAUACUUUAAGAACCAAUAAAAUAUGUUAUUAUAUGAACAUAGAAAUGCAAUAUCUUUAUUUUUUCGGAUUCUACAUAAAUGUUUUUGACAUCGCACCAAAAUAUGUCAGUCUAAUAUAUGGUUUGCUGUUGAACAUACAUGUUAUUUCUAACUUUUUGUGGGCCAAUGUCAUACAUAGAGUAUUGAGUUCUGGGAUACUUACCCAAGUCGAAAGUGCUAUCCUGAUGGCGAUAAUAUAUUUUGCGGUGGCUGUAUUGUAUGCCAUUUUCAGUUCCGCGGAAACACAACCAUGGGCAGCAGAUGAACCGGUAGAAGAAAAUCAACAAAAUAUGGUUGAAAACUUGAAAACUACAAAAAAUUAUAAUAAUUUACCAUGACGUACUAUGGAACAAUUAUGCGUUAUAAUAAUUAAUAAUACGUAUACUACAUUUUAUAUUAAAAUAUAAUCGUACGAACACGCGAAUUAUAUGUUUGUGUUUUGUGUAGUUGCUUAUAAUAUAAGGGUAGAAUACGAUUGCGUGCGUACCCCUUUUCUUUACUAAAUACGAUUACAUGGUCUUUUAUCGUAAUGUUGAAUAUCCUA